AUGAAAAAAAAAAAAAUAUUUUCCACCUUUUCUACUCAUUUCUUACUUUUUCUUUCAAUACGUUAUUCAUCUUCAUUUUUUUUUAAUAUUCGGCCUUUCUUUCACUUUCUUUUUCUUCCAAUUCGUGCUUUUUCUUUCUUUCGGUCUUUUUCCUCUUUUUUUUUUUUUAUUUUUUCAAUUCGCUAUCUCCUUUCUUUAUGUGCUUUUUCUUCUUUUCUUUCUUUUUUUCCUUUCAUUCAUUAUUUUCUUCUUUUUUUUUCUUUCUUUUUUUCGUUUCUUUUCUUCACGUUUUUUCCAGUUUUGUUUUUUUUCUUUUUCACUAGUUUUCUUUCUUUCUUUCUUUCUUUCUUUCUUUCUUUCUUUCUUUCUUUCUUUAAAUAUUGUAUUAUGUCUCUUUCCCUCUUUCGUUGUUUUUUCUUUCUCUCUUCCUUGCUUUCAUUCAUCCAAAUCGUUCACUCGUCACCUUCUUUUAUCCUUUUUCUUUCUUUCUAUCUUUAUCUGUUUUCCUUCUUUUAUUUGUCUUGCAUCCUUUUCUUUUUGUUUUUUCUUUCUUGCUUGCUUUCUUUUAGUUCAUACAUUAUCCUUUUCUUUUACUUACCAUUUCUUCUUUCAACUCUUUAUUUGCCUUCUUUUUUCUUUCAACUAAUUAUUUUCUUUCUUUCUUUCUUUCUUUGUUUUCUAAGUAGUAAUUUAUCUUCUUUCUUUCUGUCUUUCUUUCUUUCGCUUUUUUCUUCGUUCCUUUCUUUCGCUCUUACAUUCGUUCGCUUCUUUCUUUUCUUCGAUCUUUCUUUCUUUCUAUCUUUCAACUCGUUAAUGAUCAGCGUUUAUUUCGUCAUUCAUCAUUUCAUUUUUCUUUCUCUCUUUUUCUCUCUUUCUUUCUUUCUUUCUUUCUUUCUUUCCUCCUUACUUUUCUUUUUUUUUUCGUUUAUUCUUUUUCGUUUCUGUCUUUUUCUUUAUUUACUUUUCUUUCUUUUAUUUCUUCUUAAUAUUUUUCUUAUUUUCAUAUUUUUUUUCUUUUCGAAUAAAAUACUCUCUUCAUUUUCCUUCUUUCUUUAUUCUCUUUUUCUUCAUCUAUAUAUUCCUUUUUUUUCUUUUUUCCCGCUUCUUUUUAAUUCUAGCCUUUUAAGUUUUUUUCCUAUCCUUUCUUUUCCAUUUUUCUUUCUUUUUUUUCAUUCUUAG